AAAAACGAUCGAACGAACGAAAGAACGGCAUUUUGGCUGGCAAAGUGGAUUGUACUUUUUAGAAAAUUAUUAAUAAACUAAACAAUUAACCUAUCCCACCAAUUGUUAAAUAAUAUAAACUAUCAAAUGAAUAUUAUUUAAAUAACAUCAAGAUCGUUUUUUCCCGGUUGUUUUAUGUAUUGAUUUUGUUUUUAUUUGUAAAAAAGAAAAUGUUUAUUUGGAAUGUUUGAUAAUUAGUGUUUUGUGGUAGUCAAAAAAGAACCAGAAAUACUAAAAAAACAAGAGUACAAAACAGAUUUGUUUAAAAAUAAAACUGCAUUUUUGUCAAGGAUAAUCUACAUAUAAAAAUACAUAUUUUGAAAAGAAAAAAAAAAUAAUUUCAACUGAAACAUAAAAAUGGCUACAAAAUCAACAAAAAAUCUAACAAAACCAACAAACCUCUUGCCGCUUGCCAGAAAAGGAAUUACAAAAAGAUCACAAAACAUCCAAGACCAAAAUGUGGAGCCAAUCAUCACAAGAGGCAAACGGAAAGCCGAAAACAGUCCAUUGAAGAAUGACAAGAUCAAAAGAUCAGCAUUAGGUAAUUUAACAAACAACGUAAACACGCUGCACUUGGAUGAUGAUGUAAAGAAAGUCAUAGCUAAAGUUCAAAAUGAAGCCCAAAAGAAAGCCACAGCAGCCAUUAAGCAAAAGGAAAAUGGAGCUGCGGCGAUGGUUUUUCGGCCAACAAAAGUAACCACCCGUGCAAAUACUCGAAAUACCAUUGCACAAAUUCUCGAGGAACAAAAAGCCUUGGCAACAGCCCAAGCUCAAGUUCAAGCUGCCACAAUAGUUAAGAAGAAAGACGAUCUUGAAGUUAUUAAACCACCCACGAGACGCAUCUCAAAUGAGUUCAAUAAGACUGAAGAAAGCCUCUAUAUGUCUGCGCUGGAAGACAUUUCAGGUUCAGAUUCAGUGCGUUGCUCUGGCAACUUUGAAUCUAAACGGCGGUCGUUAUCGCAAGGUCUACAAAAGAAGGACAUCAAAGAGGAAGGUUCCAUGGAGAUGGACAAUGAAAAUAGGAUAUCUACUCCGUCGCCGUUGAAGAAUCCCCCAGCAGAAAUACCUAAUGGUGUUGUAGAUUUCGACAAAGCCAAUUGGAAUGAUCCCUUCCAAGUGUCUCACUAUGCCAUGGACAUUUUUAACUAUCUCAAAUCAAGAGAGGUUGAGUUUCCAAUUGUGGAUUAUAUGCCAAAGCAGACACAUUUAUCCAAAUGGAUGCGAUCCUUGCUUGUUGAUUGGAUGGUGGAGGUACAAGAAACUUUUGAACUAAACCAUGAAACGCUAUACUUGGCGGUUAAGUUGGUUGAUAUUUUCUUGGGGAAGGUUAUUAUACACAAAGACAAGUUGCAACUGCUUGGAGCUGCAGCCUUAUUUAUUGCAUCAAAAUAUGAUGAACGAACGCCGCCAUUAAUAGAAGAUUUCUUAUAUAUAUGUGACGGGGCAUACAAUCACGACGAAUUGAUUAAAAUGGAAAUGACUACACUAAAGACUAUUAACUAUGAUUUGGGAAUACCAUUAUCGUAUAGAUUUCUAAGAAGAUACGCUAGAUGCGCCAAAGUACCAAUGCCAACUCUGACCUUGGCUAGAUAUAUUUUAGAAUUCUCUCUUAUGGACUAUGCAACCAUUGGCUUUAGCGAUUCAAAAAUGGCUUGCGCUGCUUUAAUGAUUGCAUUACGGAUGAACGGAGAAGUGAAUCCUUGGACUAAAACAUUGGUAUAUUAUACCGGUUACACAUUAGAAGACUUUGAACAUAUAAUACCAGUUUUAAAUGUUGGACUACACAGAAAACCUAAAGGAACAAUUAAAACAAUUAAGAGCAAAUACUCGCAUAAGAUAUUCCACGAAGUUGCCAAAACUCCACUUUUGAGUACGGAACAAAUCUUGGAAAAUCCUGACACAAGCAUGAGGCUAGAAGACAAAGAAAACUAAUUGUUUAUUAAUUAAAAAAAAAAAGAAAAAAAAAAGACGUUGCAAAAAAAUUUGCCAUUCCAAAAACAAAAAAAAAAAAAAAACAACGAUAACUUAUUUGCGAUUGAUUUAUUUUCUAAACUCUUUAUUUUUUCCUUAUUUUUUUUUUGUUUCUUUAUUAUGUUGUCUAUUUUUUAUUUAUAAUUCGUCGCAAAUACUUAUACAAAACAAACAAAUAAUAAUUCAUCAUUUAACGGCACACUUCACCGUACAUUGUACGUGAAGAAAAAUUUAAAUAUAUUAUAAAACAAAAAUAUAAGUGCCCUUUUCAUGUUUAAAACUGCACUAUCAACCUCACACAUGGUCAUUUAACUUAAAAAUACUGUCAAAGAAUUAUUAUAGUUAUUAGAAUAAUUAAUAUAUAAAUUAUAACACAAAAAUUUAAAUUAAAAGAAAUUAUACAAACGAAGUCAAGUUACGCCUUGUGUAAACAAAGUAUUUCCCUUACAAGACUUAUUCUCGCAUUUCGUUUUAAUUUACAUACAUUACAAUAAAUACACAUACUCAUACUGCUGCACCUUACAUAUACAUAGCAUCAAAACAGUUAGCUUUCAUAGAUCUCAAUAGACUUAAUACAUUUUUUCUUUGAUUUAUGAACAUUUUUUUGUGCAUAUUCUUGGUUUUUUUCUUACAGAUUCUUAACAACAAAAACAACA